AUGUCGGCCAUCUAUCAUCAGUGCGUUGAGCUGAUCGAGGAGCUCGAUCCGGCGCUUGUGGUGGUAAACUUUGCCUUCUGGCCUGCCAUGGACGCCGUCCAGCAUCUGAACCGACACCACGACGUCAUAAGCACUCCCGCGUUGGCAGAUAUCUUUGCCGUGCAGCAGCCGUAUGGGUCUAGCCUCUGGAAAUAUCCCGUGGGCUUCCCAAUCCCAGUCCCGCGGCGUUGCAUCCCAGAGAACAUGAACGUCUGCCUGCGGGUGAUUUACAACCUCUUCGUCAACCUCUCAACCGAGGCCGCGGUGUGGCACCUCGGGAAACGAGAUGCCGCCGAUGGCGUUAUAUGCGGCGGAGCCAUCGCCCUUGAGUCAGCGCCAGCAACCGAGCAGGAUCUCGUGCUGGCGGCGUGGGCACAAUGGGCACCAACAGUAGCCGUCUACCUGGGAAGCCUGCUCGACAAGGUCAUCGCGUCCCUCGGAGUACCAAGGGGCUUUGAAGAGCUACUAAUGGCCUACAACGAAAGCCUUGCGUGAGAAUUACACACCGUCGAUGUUCAGGCCCAGUCUUCGAAAUAACCAAGAUGGUUUCCGGUGGGAAUCUCGGUGCACCCGAGUCUCCAAGAGUCAUGCUGUGUCGUGAUGACGGAGUGAAACAUUCACCGGCUAAGCAUGCCGACCCAGUGAAGGACCCCUUUUAUCGCCCUGGAACGCGGCCUUCUUAUCUACAUGUUACCUGGCUAUCUUCCCCAGGGUCCUUCCCGAAGCCACUGCAAGGGACCGACCACUGAAAUCGCCAAGGAAGGUCCUUUGUGGGGAAGACUGGGACAAAUACCUUAGCGAGACGCAGACCAGACUGUCGGGAACAGCCCCGCGGAACGUCCGUUGAUGCUGUGUCGGGUUCGAAUGCCGUUCG